AUGUUCCGAGACCUAGACCCAGACAGCUAUGAUAUCGCAUGCAUUCAGGAACCCUACAUCAAUCCCGUCAACCUCGCCCCAGGAAACUCACGCUGGGAAGCUAUAUACCCAUCAUGUCACGGCAGCAACGGCGCCCAACCAUCACGCUCAAAGAAGAUCUCGAAGAACAGCUGGCGCAUCAUUCCUUUCGACCAUGCUGACGUCACAGUCAUUGAACUCUCAGGCCCAUUCGGCAAAAUCUUAUUGUACAACAUAUAC